AUGAAGAUUCCUGAAGUAAAGGAUCUUAUAUCAGAACUGUUGGUACCACCUUUGGGAUCCUACAUUAUGUAUGAUUUUGAUGGCAAUGAUUUGAUUAGUUAUGAUGUAAAUGAUGCAAGAAGGAGAGUUUUUCGUUUCGUUUUCGAGCUUUUUCCCUUAUACUUGAUUGUUCUACCUCUCAUUGAGUUGUUUAGCUCAACCAUAAUCAUAAAUAUUGCAGCAAAGAUAUGUACAGGAAACAUGGAAUCAGUGGCAAAUCACUAUAUAGUUACUAAUGGAUUUGACUAUGAUACUGUCACACAAAAGGGCCUUAUUAUAAACUUCAUGUCAGCAGGGUUUCAUGCAGUGAUUUUUUUAGCUUUGCUUAACAAGUAUCUAGAUUGGAGUGUUUCAUGGAACAUGGGCAUGGUGAUUUCUGUUUUGGAAGGCGAAAAUGGAAUCGAUGCGUUAGAAUUAUCAGCUUACUAUGGGAAGCAUUGCAAGCAAAUCGGGUUUCGAUUGAUGCUUGUUUUCUUUGUAUAUAGUGUUGCUCUGAGGAUUCCAUUUGUGCUUGUUAGUAUGUGUAAUUAUGUAAAUGUUAGAAUUGUAGUCACUGUUGGGUUAGUUUGCUUAGGGAGUUUGGUGAAGUGGGUUGCUCUUGUGCUGUAUUUUUAUGAUUGUAAAGCACAAGUGUGGUUAAAGAAGGAUGAUGAGGUUGGUGAAGCUGUGAAAACUGAUGAUCUUUGUUAA